CUCUAUCAGGCGCUUGUCACCAACACUCCCUCUCUCCCUCUCUCUCUCUCUCUCUCUCUCUCUCUGAGUCUCUCUUUCACCUUCUCUGCCCAUCCCAAUCUUUUUGCCCUUCUAAGGAUUCGGGCACUCCAGGGACACUUUUGCUCGUCAACAGAAGGUCUUGAGGCUCGCAAGGCACCCGGGGUUCGUUUAUUAUAUGUACUAGUAGUUACUUGUAUUGGUUCCUUGUAUGGAUUUCUUGAACUGGCUUGAACCUGACAUGUCCUUCAAGGUCCUAACUUGUUUUGACGAUCAAUCUGAUCUUGUUCGCGUUAGUUCUGUCUCGCGCUCUUGGCGUCAUUUUGUGAUAGAAAAUGGUCUUUGUAAAAAGCUGUGCUUGAGAAUGUUCCCUCAGUUAUCUAGAGUUGCUGGUGUGGUUGAGUUAAACAGCCCCAACGCACAAGAGUUUGCAGAAGUUGGAUCUAGCAAUUCAAAGGAAUUGGAAACCUUGGAAAGGGAGCAUAGGGUCUAUGCUUUUUUAGCUCGUGGUUUUAUAUCUUUUGAUGUUAGGAGUUCUAUUUCCGAGGCAAUCAGUGCUUCCAGCACUGACAAUAAUCCGGAAGAAACCAUUCACAAUACUCUACAACCAAGAGACAUGGUGGGACGGAGAGCUUCGUAUUGGUCAAGUAAAGGCCAAAGUGACCCUGCAGUGCCUGAGUUUCUGAUAUACAAGUUGGUGUCUGAUUUGGUCGUAAUUAAUGAAAUCAGCAUACAUCCUUUCCAAGCUUUUUUCCAGGCAGGUUUACCAAUAUAUUCGACCAAUGCUGUGCGAUUUCGAAUGGGUCAUGUCAAAUCCCCUGUGGUUGUAGACUGUGAUUCAAAGGGUGAAUCAUGUCAUGAAAACAAGUUUGUAUGGACCUACACUUCAGAAGUGUUCCGAAUGACUCAGGAGAACCGCUUGCAGACAUUUAAGCUUCCAGAACCAGUUCUUUGCAUAGGUGGAAUUUUACAGAUUGAGCUUCUGGGUAGAGUUCAGAGACAAGAAAUGGACGGAUUGUUCUAUAUAUGUGUGUGUCAUGUUGAAGUCAAAGGGAAGCCAUUAUCGCCUGCAUUUGGUGUUGAAAUUCAUGAACCAUCUGGGGAGAUUGUGUUGAAGAACGACGUGCAGGCCAAGUUGCACAACCAACCUCCCGAGAAUGAGUCUGUUGUGAUCUCCACUGUUAAUUUCGAGAAUAUGGGAGACGACAUGCUGCCAGUUGAGAAUAUCGAGGGGGAAUAUGAAUGGGAGGAAGAGGAGGGAUCUGAUGAAGAGUAUUUCCUCUAAUUGUAUGUCAAAAGUAGCGGUUUUUUCAUUGAUUGUUUCUAAACCAUAGCUUCUGUCCUCUCGUUGAAUUGGACUUCCGCACGUCGGGGGCUAGUUUUCUCGAGUGUAUUAGCCCCGGCAAAGUGAGAGUGAAUGUCAUAAACAGUUGCUGUAGAGUUAUAUUUGAGGAGCUGAAACAGUGAUAAUCUCUGCUAAGUGCAAGUUUUAGCUGCUUGUAUAUUUGAGGUGUUUGAAUAUUUAAGGUCUCUCUCAUCAUAUUUUUGGUGUA